UGUCUGUAAAAAUUUUCCCAUUUUUCGGAUUUUCAUUUCGUCACGUAAAAUCCGGAGCUCCCUGCCCGAGACUUCUCCUUUUUGAACAUUUUCGGAUUCCAAUCCGAUAUAUCGCCGGCAUUUCGUCCCGGCGAAUGUUUUUCCUUUCUAAAUUUAGCAGGCCGGCCUCGUUUAAUAGAGCAGAGUGCGGUUCUUGUGUUGUUUUAUACGUUUUUUUGGGUUGAGAUUCUUCAGCGAAGUAUCAGGGAUUCGGAUAGCAGCGAAGGAGGGAGAGCCGGAGAGAUUGAUUAUUCAAAUUAAUUUUUUUUUUUGUUUGCUUCUCUUUGUGCUCUGUUUGGAGCUGGAGAAAAUCAGAGCAAGCACAGGAAAAUCGAAAGAGUUAUCACAAGGGAAAAAGAAGAGUUUAGUUUGUGAUUGAGACUUGUAGAGGAGGGUGCUGAGGGCUUAGGGAGACAAGAAGAGCAACUGUUGAGUUGGCUUGGGGGACAAAAAGGGAAAGAGGAACGGAGAAAAUGUUUACGUGCAUAGCAUGCUCGAAGCAACCGGGAGAUGAGGGUGAGGAGGAAGGAGGAGGAGCGCGUGGCAGCGGCACACCAAGUACAAAAGAAGCCGUCAAAAGCCUGACUGCGCAGAUCAAGGAUAUGGCACUGAAAUUUUCUGGUGCUUACCGUCAAUGCAAGCCCUGCACAGGCUCCAGCAGCUACAAGAAAGGCCAACGACCUUACCCAGACUUUGAUGCUAUUUCAGAAGGGGUUCCAUACCCCUACCUUGGAGGUGCAAGCUCAAGUUCAACCCCUGCGUGGGAUUUUACUAGUAGCAGUCACCACCACCCUACCUCAAGAUCAGACUCAAGAUUUACAGGGGUAUUUAGAGGUGACCAGACUCCCGGAGGGACGUCUGUAUCUUGUGAUGUCGUGCUCGAGGAUGAGGAUGAGCCUAAGGAAUGGAUGGCACAGGUAGAACCUGGUGUUCACAUUACUUUUGUGUCCCUUCCUAAUGGCGGAAAUGAUCUUAAACGAAUACGCUUCAGCCGAGAGAUGUUUAACAAAUUGCAAGCACAGCGAUGGUGGGGUGAGAAUUAUGACCGGAUCAUGGAGCUCUACAACGUGCAGAGAUUCAAUAAGCAAGCUCUUAACACUCCCCCAAGGUCUGAGGAUGAGCAUCGAGAUUCUUCAUACUCAAGGCUGGGAUCAGCAAUGGAAAGCCCUAUGGGUUCAUCACUGAACAAGGAGUGGACACCAAGGAACUACUAUAGACCUUCUGGAAGUAAAGGGUAUUACCCAUCUGACCCUUUGGAUCAAGGUGGCAGCUACCAUUACAAUGCAGGCUCAAGUACAUUUGGUAUGGGUGGCCAUAAGGGAGAGGCAUCAUCUAUGGAUGCAUCUCGGACAACGACCUCAUCUAGGGACGAGGCUUCGGUUUCGAUUAGCAAUGCAAGUGACCUGGAGGCAGAAUGGGUUGAGCAAGAUGAGCCUGGGGUGUACAUUACCAUCAGACAGCUAGCUGAUGGUAGUAGGGAGCUCCGGCGUGUCAGGUUCAGCCGAGAAAAGUUCGGGGAGGUGCACGCAAAGCUGUGGUGGGAAGAGAACAGAGAGAGAAUACAAGCUCAGUACCUUUAAAAUUUUGAUCCAAACGGCAUACAUUACUACAGAUAAGAUUAAAGAAGUCAGGGUGCAUCUGGAUGUCUCAAACAGGUUGAAUCAUUAAACACUUAUGGUUUCUUAGAAUGUAACAAUAUGAAUGAAUCCAUACCCCUGUAUUAAUGGAGCCUUUAUAGAAGAGAAUUGGAGCUAUCCACCACAAGUAAUGGUUAGAAAUUUCUUCCAUCAAACAAAAACCAUUCGUGCUAUCAUCAAUUGUGGAGUGGUGGCUCCAUUUUUGAGUAAAGGCUCGUUUCAGUGACUGAGAUGUCCAAAUGGGUCCCUUUUUUGUCCUGGUCUUUGUUCUUAUUAUGAUUAUCAUCACUAUUUAGUGAAAUUCUUUUGGGCCUCCUUUUUCCCUGUUUAA